AUGUAUCAGGAAGCCAAUAUGGCUGCACUUUAUGAAGCCUCAAGGAAUGGGUGUGUAAGCACCUUAACCACAUUGAUCCAAAGCGAUGCACGCAUCCUUGAUAGAGUUUCACUCACAUCUUUUAGUGAGACCCCCUUACACUUAUCUACUUUGCAUGGCCACCUUGAAUUUAGUAAAAUUCUUGUCAGCAAGAAGCCUAAACUUGCAGAAGAGGUAGACUCGCUGGGACAAACCCCUCUUCACUUGGCGUCUGCUGAGGGCAACACUGAGAUAGUACAGGCAUUGUUGCAAUCAAAUAUAAAUGCUUGCUUAGCUCGUGAUCAAGAUGGGAGAAUUCCUCUCCACUUAGCUGCAAUGAGAGGAAGAAUAGAGAUCAUAGAAAAGUUGAUUAAAGCUCGACAAGAGUCCAUCUUGAUGAAUCUCGAAGGAGACAGUGUAUUGCACUUGUGUAUUCGAUAUAAUCAUCUCGAUGCUCUGAAGUUGUUAGUGAAAUUGGCUAAUGGUAAUGAAUCAUUCCACAGCUCCAAAGACCACGAUGGCAACUCCAUAUUGCAUUUAGCAGUGAUGCUCAAGCAAAAGCAGGCAAUAAAAUACGUACUUUCAUUUUCAAAAAUAGGAGAGGCUAAUGCCAUGAAGAAGAUUGGUCUCACAGCUUUAGAUGUCUUAGAGGCCUACGUCUAUCCAAGAGAUUUGAAAUGGUUUGAAAUCCAAAACAUUCUCAAGGAAGCUGGUGUCAGAAGAUCAACGAAUCGAAAUCCUUCCCUAUCACCAACACUGAGUAGUAAUGGUGUUGAUGAAGCACAACCAUCUCAAUCAAGGUUUAGGGGAUGGUGGGAGCGCACUCGUUCACCAUUAGUUAAACACUUGACGCACGAGGAAAAUUGGAUCCAGGAAACACGUGGUAUAUUGGUGGUAGUAGCUACUGUGAUUGCAACCAUGGCUUUCCAAGCUGGGAUCAGCCCACCAGGGGGUAUUUGGCAAGAAAAUAGAACAACACCAAUGAGAGGUUUCAAUUGUACGGAAGAUAAUAUAUGUAAAGCCGGCAUAGCUGUUCUUUCUUAUAAUGAUCAGGAUCAUGAUGGCUACCAAUUGUUCUUAACUUGCAAUACCGCCUCUUUCUUGGCAUCUGUGUCCGUCAUACUUUUGGUCAUUGGUGGAUUUCCUCUUAGGAACAAGUUCUUUAUAUGGCUUUUGACAGUAGCCUUGACUAUCUCCGUCUGUUUCAUGACACUAAGCUAUAUUAGGGCAAUCACUUUAGUGACCCCGAUGGAUAUCUCAGGUACAUCUGCCACGGUCUUGAAUACAUUUAUAUACAUUUGGCAGGUAGUGUUUGCGUUUGUUGGUUUGGUUCACAUAAUUCGUCUGCUCUCUUGGAUUGAGAAGAAAUUGCUCGAGUUCAUACGCGAGUACUCAAAAACGGGUCAAGCAGAAAACUCGACUAAUCUCUAA